UGUGUUCAUUGCUGUGUGUUAGGUGCAGAGAAGCUGUGAGACACAGAGCUACAGGGAAAAGACACACACACACACACACACACACACACACACACACACACACACACACACACACACACACACACACACACACACACACACACAAACACACACACACACAGACGCUAAAAGAAGUGAGAGGUAGAGGAAGAGAGGAGGAGCAGGAGGAGGAUAUGGGUCAUCGAUAGACGUGUGAGACGUUUUUUCUGUCACAGAAGCGUGUGAGACUCGGUGACGGCGCUGGAGAAAGAACUCGCUCAUGAAGCUGCACUGAACUAGAAAACGAGCGAAUGAGAGAGAGAGAGACGAAGGAGAAAGAGGAAGAGAAGGGUUGUGUCUUUCCGGCUUACAUUAACCUCAAAAACAGCCACAGCACGGGGACAGGAACAACCCAAGUCUUGCGAUGAAACACGAUGGUUAUUAUUAACGAGUCAGCAUCUUUAAAUCUCUGCUGAAGAAGCUGCAGAUGUGAUUUUCUGGAGCCCCUGAAGCUCAAGACCUCAAGAUCAUCCAUCAUAUCUGAUCUCUUAAAAAAAGAGAAAGAAAUAAAUCUUAACCCUGUGGUUGCAGUGAAACAGGAUGUACCUUCUAUUUAUUACACUGGUCUUCUCGCUGGCUCUCGGACCAGAUGUCAUGCUCCUGAAGGCCCAGAUGGCCAACACUGAUCCCAUGAGUGUGAUGCAGAGCGUCUCCUCACCGGUGACAGAAACAAGCCCAGGUAUAAACAAUGCAACUGGUAAAAUGGAGCUCACCAGCAACGAUCUUAUAUCCGAGGCUGAAAAAGUAAAAACAUCAGAAGAACAUAUGAUGUCCACUCAGGAGCUUCUGACCUCUUCAGAACCUCUGACCACUGCAGAGUCUACAACCAUUUUUGUACACAACACCAUGAUGACAAAUGACCUCUCCUCUCCAGCUGAUCCUUACAGAUUUACCACUAACUCCAUGCAGGACGAGAGCAUGGUGAUCACCACCACCACUGAGCCUUUUCAGACACCAUCACCAUCUCCAACCAUUCUUCUUCAAACAUCUAUGAGCAUAAAACCAGAGGUUUCUACACCUACAAUGGUGGAGGUGGAGACUACUGACACCUCACCAAAUAACACUCCUACCCCCACAUCCACUACCACAAACACGCCCAUCCCCAUCCCCACCACCACCCCCACUACCAUGCCUAACCCCACCCCCACCACCAAACCCACUACCAUGCCCUACACCACCCCCACCAUCACACCCACUACCAUGCCCAACACCACCCCCACCAUCACACCCACAUUUAUGCCCACCACCACCCAAGGGCUGUCCACGCUCACGUCCCUUAAUAGCACAUACCCCGAGGAGAUGUCAUCCACCAACAGCGGCAUGAGUAGCCUUGCUAAAGACACUAAAAAAGAAGCUAACUGGCUAAUCAUCUCUGUCAUAGCGCUGGUCAUCUUCUGCAUAUUAACCACUCUGUGCGUCAUGAUCAUCGUCAUCAAGCGCAGGAGGCAAAGUGGCCAUCAGAACUUUGGGCAUAUGACGGGACAAAGGUCCAAGAAGAAGAAAGUCACAGAGGAUGAUGUCUGGGCGGGGCCUGUGAAAUUAGGAGGCAGAGAUUGCGAAGGUCCAGAGGAAGUUGAGGUACAAGGAGAGGAGAAGAAGACAGAUGGAGUGGAGUUGACGGGGCUCAGCACGUUCACGACGCUAGAGGAGAAUGGAGGCGUGGGACGACCGGGGUCAACUGAGGUCAAGCAGUGGGAGGAGAAAGAGCCUCUGCUGUUCAUCGACGAGGAAGGGAAGGAGAAAAGAAAUGAGGCAGGAAAGAGCGAGGAUGCAGAUGCUGAAGCAGCAGCAGGAAAGACAGACAAGAACGAGGCGGAGCCUAAUGGAGGAGAAACUUUCUGUCUCACCACCGCUGUGUGAAAUGUCCUUCACGGUUCCACAAACGGAUGAGUUCAACACCUUCUAGCUCACACUCGUGUCAAGAGAUCAGAAUAAUCUGAAUAAUUAUAUGAAUAAUUUAGAAUGAUGUUAUAAUGUACAUUUUUAUAUUAAAUCUGAAAUGUUUGAUUUUAGCUCAUGAUGUCAGAGACAUUUUAAAUCAUCUUUUUACCUUCUACAUCUUCAUCCAACUAAACCGAAAAAAAUGGAACUGUAGUUUUUGGACUGUUGAGUUUAACUGUGGGUUCUGUCACACACACACACACACACACACACACACACACACACACACACACACACACACACACACACAAACGUCUCUUUGGAUUUUCAUUUUGCAUUUUUUUUAAUUUGUGUAUUGAUUUUAGAUUUAAAAUAGAUACAGUAUACAAUAAAGUGCUAUAAAGCUGGCAGACCUGAGAUCAGACCUAAGAUCAGACCUGAGAUCAGACCUGAGAUCAGACCUGAGAUCAGACCUGAGAUCAGACCUGAGAUCAGACCUAAGAUCAGACCUGAGAUCAGACCUGAGAUCAGACCUGAGAUCAGACCUAAGAUCAGACCUGAGAUCAGACCUGAGAUCAGACCUGAGAUCAGACCUGAACACUGCCGGUACUGUAAUAUUGUCUACAGCAAUAGAUUAAUAAUUGAUAUCAUUUAUGUGUUUUUUUUUUUUUUUGGUGUGUUUCUAUUUUCAAAAUACAGCCGUUUGACCAAG